GAACAUUGACCUAAAGUGGAGGCGGGACCAAUUUUUCCGCGGGGCUAAAUUCAGGGGUGGGGGGGUUUACGGAACGUUGCCGUGGACAGACAGACAGAGAGAGAUUUCUGUGCAGUGAGAUGGUGCACUGAAGGAGCCCUGUCACGAACCCUAGAAGACGAGAAAGGCGAAUUCAGUCGGGUUGGAGUCUGUUGGACGCUUUCCUGGGGAAGGGUAUUGAUUCUGGACGGCUCUUGAUCUGGAUUUCGGGGGGAUUUCGCCGAUUUGUCUCGCGGAUCGGGGAUCGGAUCGCUGACGGGAGCUGCCGGAUAUCGUGAAUUUCGAAAUUUGGACCGAGGACAGGGUUCUGAUUUGAACAAUAUCGUUCAAUUUUGUUGAUUUGCAAUAUGUUAGCCACGGGGAAAGUUCGAUCUUUGCGGCACGGGCUGCAGGGAAUGCAGGCGCUAAUGUCGUCCUCGAAGGAGACUUCUGCCCAGUGGCAGAGCGCUGAUGUUGUCCCUGCGGCCGCCGUUUCGUCUGCCAAUUCUGCUGUGGCCUCGGGGCCUGAUGCGGGAGUAGCAGCGGCAGCAGCAGCAGUCUCUGGAGGAGUGGAAGCAGGAGCAGAACCGGUAGGAAAGAAAGAGCAUGUAGCCUGGAAACUUUUCAGGGGUGUAAUUUACUUGGCAGGAGCGGCAGCUGUUGGCGGGAGUGCAUAUGUAUCUUACGCGUACAAGGUGGAAGAUGUGGAAGGUUACGUCUCAUCUCUCCGAUCGUCUGCCAACUUCAAAGCAUCAGAAGAUGUGAAUCUUAUCGAGAGAAUGCGACGAAGUGCUUAUUCCACUAGUGUGAGUGGUGUUGCUAAGGUUGCUGACUACUAUCUGGAAUUGAGGAGAUCUAUUGAAGACCAAGUGCGGGGAUUUUCAGCACCUUCCACAAGCAAGCUUUUGCCAGAUUUAUUGCCUCAAGAAAAACACAUAUAUACACUUGUAUUGGACCUCAACGAGACUAUUGUGUUUUCUGACUGGAAGCGUGAUAGGGGCUGGAGCACAUUCAAAAGGCCUGGAGUUGAUGCAUUUUUGGAGCAACUUGCUCAAUACUAUGAGAUUGUUAUCUAUUCAGAUCAGCUAAGCUUCUACGUGGAUCCUAUUCUUGACAGACUUGAUCCCAAAGGCUGUAUCAGAUACAGACUGUCCCGUGAUGCCACACAAUAUAUCGACGGCAAGCAUAUGCGGGAUAUUUCUAAGUUGAACAGAGAUCCUGCACGAGUUAUCUACCUUGCCGGCCAUGCCGCGGAGACCACUUUGCAACCAGAAAACGCCUUGACUGUGAAACCUUGGAAGCUGGAAACCGAGGACACGACUCUUCUUGACCUUUUACCUUUUCUUGAAUAUGUUGCCCGAAAUCGUCCUACAGACAUUCGAGCAGUGUUGGCUUCGUACCAAGGCCAUGACAUCCCUAGCGAGUUUCGUCUGAGACAUAAAGAGUAUCAAAGACGGAUGCAAGAACGGAAGCAACAAAGUCGGUUUUGGAGGGGGUCGUCGAUCAACCGAUCCAGCCAAUAGUAGUUUAGGAGAUCUCUUAUUUAUAGCGCUACUUCCGUCCUGGUUUGUUGUCACGUGAGUCUUUGCAGCUCUGUCUGCUAGUGUGCAAAACCCUUACAUAGAACAGGGCAUCAGAAGUUCACAAUUUUGGAGGAGUUUUUACAUUAUUUUCUCAAUCACCUUGUUGACCACCCGCUGCACAAGAGAGCGGAUGUAUCAUAAUGAUAAAGGCUACGCCACAGAAAUGUGGGGUCUCUGGAAAUUUUCCCAGUUAUUAUUGUUUCAAGUGACCUGGAAUGUCUUCACGUCCUGGCUCGACCGACCGACGGACCGUCAUGCGAUGGACCCGAUGGACUGGCCACUCACACGGGCAAAAGUGUCCGUUUACUUAGUUGACUCUCGUAGCUGGGCCUUGUUCAAUUGCACUCGAUGACUCCUCAUUUAUUUAUCUGCAGGUGGGCGGAAGGAGGUUGUAGAGAAGCUGAGUCUUAGGUUGCUGGACGGAGAAUUUACUUAAUCUAG